GAUCAUUGAAGCGACUAAGCGAGAUAGAGAGCGGAGCACGGGAAGGAACUGCCGAACUGAAGCGCGCAAAUCUGCAACACGCCAACACGGAGUCCGGAGCAACCAAAGACGACGGAGGGUGACCACGGACCACUCCUUCGGCCCUUCGUCUGAUAUCCGACUCAAUCUCCGGUGCGACGACCGACGGUCCUCCGAUCACUCCUCCUAUCUCCAGUGAAACUAGGUCUCCACUGAAUUGAAAGCUAGAUCCGCCGCUGCUACUAGAAAUGUUAUGGAGUUCUAGACACCUAUUCAAACUAUCACGCAGAUCAACGAAAUGUGGGUUUCUCCCAUCAAUUAACUAUCCAUUGAUCAACACUCAUCAAAAUUCUUUCUCUACUAUUUCUGGGAGUUCCAAAGUUAUCCUAACCCCGCAAGUCGUACAAUCUACUAUAUUGAAUAGUCAUUCUGAUGUAAUUUCUCUUUCCUUCUUCUUUUGGUGUGCUAAGCAACCUAAUUACUUCCAUGACAAGGCAACUUGUGUUCACAUGGUUAAUGUAGUCUCUCGCCUCACUCAGAGGUUUGUAACCAUAAAAGGUGUUCUGGAUGAAUUGGAGAGUGCUGGUACUCUGAUAAAGCCACACGUUUUAUUACUUCUAUUAAGAAUUUACUGGCUUGGAAGAAUGCACGAUAUGGUCAUUGAGGCUUUUGGAGAGAUUCUCAGGUAUGGCUACACGCCAAACACAUUUUCUAGGAACAUAUUGAUGGAUGUAUUGUUCAAGGUUGGUUGCGCAAGUGUUGCACUUCAAGUUUUGAAGGAGACAGAGUCACCAAAUUUCCUAACCUUCAGCAUUUCCAUCAGCAAUCUGUGUAAACUCAAAGAUAUGGUUAAUCUCCGAUCUGUACUAAGGACCAUGCUGAGGAAUGGAUAUUAUCUUAACUCCGAGACAUUUUCGUCUGUUUUGAGCUGUUAUUGCAAAUUGGGUCAAUUAUCACAGGCUACCCAAUUAUUAGGUCUUAUGAUUGCCUUGGGUGUUCCUACAUGCGUCAUUGUUUGGAGUAUAGUAAUAAAUGGAUAUUCUAAAUCCGACAAACUCGAUUAUGCCAGUCAUUUGCUAAAUAAGAUGGUGUCUAGUGGAUGCAUGCCAAAUAUGAUCACAUGCACAUCUUUGGUGAAGGGAUAUUUGGAAUCUCAGAUGCCUAGUAAAGCUUUAAAAAUCCUAGACACCAUGAAGUCCAUAGGGUGUUACCCUGAUUUGAUUAUGUGCAAUGUGCUUAUACAUUGUCUCUCAAAAACAGGGAAUUAUGAUGAAGCAAUUGAUGUUUUCUGUAGUUUAGGGGAACGAGGACUGACCCCUGAUUCUUACACACUUUCUUCUAUCAUGUCAACAGUUUGUUUAUGCAAGGAAUUCACCCUCUUGCCUAUACUCAUCAAUGGAUUGGAUAUACAUGCCGAUUUAGUUGUUUGUAACUCCUUUUUAAGCUUUUUUUGCAAAGCCGGUUAUCCUAAAGGUGCUGUUGAGUUUUAUAAUGAUAUGAUAUAUAGAGGUUUCCAACCAGACAAUUACACAUUUGCAGGAUUAUUGAGUGGGUUAUGCAGGUUAGGCAAGACAUCUCAGGCUGUUGAUGUGUACGAGGGUAUUGUCAAGAAUCAAGAUGGGCUAGAUGCUCAUAUUCACACUGUGAUCAUUAAUGAACUUAUAAAAUCGGGUGAAUUUCACCAAGCCAUCAGAUUAUUCAGGAAAGCCGCAAAAGAGAAACUUCAUCUGGAUGUUGUUUCAUAUACUGUUGCUAUUGAUGGACUGGUCAAAGGUGGUCUUGUUGAAGAUGCGUAUGUUGUGUUUAACAUGAUGAAAGAAAUUGGUUUGGCCCCAAAUAUAUACACUUACAGUUUUAUGUUAUCUGGAUUGUGCGAGAAUGUAGAUGUUAGUACUAUAAAAAGGAUACUUGUUGAGAUGGUUGAUGGAGGCAUUAAGCUUAACUAUAUUACUUUCCGGUUAAUGAAGAACAUUCUGCGCAAAAGACGUCAUUCAAGUCUAGUACUUAAUUUUUUCAUGGAGUUGUGUGAUAAAGCUGUUCAUGAUUUAAAUGUCAAAGAUGUCUUCUCAGAUAACAACCACCAUUUACUUGUUCUUGACACUGACACAUCCAGCUCUGAAGACAUUCUUGAUGUAGCCGCUUCAGUAGGUUGAGCGCGGGUCCCACAAACAGAAAUUGUAAAGAGUAUGUAAUCUUUUGGGGGUUGAGUAUCAGCAGAGAGCCUUAUCUCCAGCAUGAAGCUCCAAUUGGUUUCCAAAAGAAGACUCUUGUUGGCAUGUUGCAUCAAUGUAGAACUAUUUAAUUGUGGGUCAAUGAUGAUUGAUUCAGUCAAUGACAUUACUAAAUUGAAAGUUAUGAGUUUCGGUCUAAAUAAAUAGAUGUGCUGAUGAAGAAGAGGGAUAUGAAGAAGAAGAUCAACCCGUCUUCAGCCAAUUCCCACAGGCAUCUUGUUCUGAAAUACGCAAUCACCUCGAGACUAAUAAUAGUUUUCUUAAUACUUCUCUGGCGAUGUCUUCUUAGCCCCUAUGACACCUCAGCUUCCAUAAACCCUAGCUGCCUCCUUUCUGAAUUGAACUCAUACUCUCCGCCAGUUCUCCUCCCUCGUUUGGCGGCGGCAAUUGAGGAUAGCAUUGUCUGGGACAGCGUAUACUUUGUUCGGAUUGCGCAGUGCGGCUAUGAAUACGAACACUACUAUGCGUUCUUCCCUCUCCUUCCCGUUUCCUUAUCCCUGCUCUCCAGAACAGGGCUGUUCUUGGAUUAUCUGGUUAUGUGCUCAAUAACAUUGCAUUUGUCUUAGCUGCUCUGUUUCUUUACAGGCUUUCAAUAGCUGUUGUGAAGGACUCGGAGCUAGCACUGAGAGCUUCAAUACUGUUUUGCUUUAAUCCUGCUUCCAUUUUUUACUCAUCAAUAUAUACUGAGAGCCUCUAUGCGCUUUUUUCAAUUGGAGGUUUAUAUUACUUCACUAGUGGUGCAAGAAAUAUUGCAACACUUUGGUUUGCUCUCUCCGGGUUUUCAAGGUCAAAUGGAAUACUUAAUGCAGGCUAUAUAUGUUUUCAGACGAUGCACUCGGUUUACACUUUUGCUGCUCUCCGUAAACGAGCGCCUUUUGCUGGGGAUCUUCUUGUGGGUGCUUUGCGUAGCCUAUGUGUGAUAUUCCCAUUCAUUGCUUUCCAAGCUUAUGGAUAUUACAAUAUGUGCAUGGGACAGUCUACAAGGCCAUGGUGCAAGGAAAGGAUACCUUUAUUCUAUGGUUAUAUCCAAGGUCAUUAUUGGGGAGUGGGGUUCUUGAAGUAUUUCCAAACUAAGCAAAUCCCUAACUUUCUACUUGCCUCCCCAAUUUUAUCCUGUGCACUCUGCUCAAUUAUACAUUAUGCGAAGCUACAGCCAGAAGUGUUUUUCUCAUGGGGCUUUAGAAGAGCUUCUCCUCCUAUGAGUAAUAAUGAGCAGAAGAUUUCACCCUUUACUUAUGGGACAAAUGCAGCUGGUCAAGAGGAGGUUGCUGAGUUAUUUGUGGAGAAAAAUGAUACCUUUCACAAACUACAAGGUAGCGAUCACACUCUCAAACUACGGAAACAAUACGCUGCUGUUAGAGGACAUAAUAAUUCUGCAACAGAAAGUGGAAAACCAAAUAAUCACUUGGCGGCGACGACGGCAGGAGCUGUAAUACCUAUGCAGGUUCCUUUGGUUCUCCAUCUCGGGUUCAUGACUGCCACAGCUUUUCUCGUCAUGCACGUGCAGGUUGCGACCCGCUUCUUAUCGGCCAGUCCACUACUCUACUGGUUUGGUUCAUACUUGAUGAAGCAUGGCUUUGGGAAGAAGAGACAGGGAGGCGGGUACUGCAUUUGGGUGUACUGUUGGGCAUACAUCUUUCUUGGCACUCUUCUCUUCUCAAACUUCUACCCUUUCACUUAAAGCCUAAAAGGAUUGGAGCCCCCCCCCCCCCCCCCCCACCUCCCCCCCACAUACACACACAAAAAGAGGAAAAAUGAAGAUAUGAUAAAUGUGAUGCUGUGGCGGUCUCUGAGCUUUUGUCAUAUUUUAAUAUGGUUGAGAAGACAAAAAGGAUGUACUACUCAUACAGUUAUUUGAUGCGUCAUUUCGAUACCACUGUUAAUGUGGUAAAUGAUCUAACGUUUAUAGUAAGAAUCAUAAAGUAAUUGAGUGCUCAAUAUGCUAGUUUUUCGAUUUUCCCAAGAUGACAGAACAUAUCUGGACAAAGUUUAUGAAUUAAGACAAUAUCAGAACUGACUGUAAUACACAAUAUUAUCCUUGAAAAUGGUGGUCU